AAUAUUUCUUCUGAAUCUUUACACAAACUGUAAAACACCAAAAUAUAAAUUAAUUUUCUCGAUUCGUAAAAUAAAUCACUAUGAUUCGAGAAUGUUAUACCUUUUUUUCAUUCUAAAUUUAUUUCCGUUAUCGUCGAUUAAAUGAAAACAAACUUACCGCGAUUCUUUUCUCUUUAUCCCCUUACCCCACCAGAUGUCACUCUCUCCGAAUUUCCUGUUCCGUUGAGUUGAAUCAUUUGCCAUUUUCUUUGUUUCCAAAACAAUUUGUUUUCCUUUAUUUGGUUAUCAACUUUUACUUUCAAUUUUCUAACAAUUGGAAUUUAAUUAGCUUUUCGAUGAUGAAGUAUAAAAUUUUGAUCCAUUUAACUCUUAAGUAAAUUGUUGUGAUUCUGUGGUCAUGGGAUUGUGUAUCUGUCGUGAUUGGCUUCUUAAGGAACGAAGCUCAUUUACACCUGUCAGAGAUUCUGAUGAGCGCGCCAACCCUAAAGGGGAUCGUUUCUUUCCUUUUAGGUCUUCCCUUCCGACAACCACCACCGCCACUGUCUGUACAACAUCUCAAGUGAACACUAGCCAGCCCAUUGAGAGAAUUAAUUCCAAUAAUCAUGCUACAGUUGAUGAAGACCGUAGUCUUGGUGGGGAAAUUUCCUAUAAUAAGAUCUCAGUGAGAGAGCCGUUGUCAAAGGUAUUGGCGGAACGAGCCAUUCUUGAGCAUCAUUAUAAUGAGGUUGACGGGGAAGGGGAGUCAUGUUUUUAUGAAGAAAUCGCUGGUGCCACAAACACUUCUGUCACAUCGACCAUUGAUGAUGGUAAAUUGGGAAGACAGUCAAGUGAUGAAGCGGAUGUAAUAACUGACCCUGGUUAUGAGGUUGUCAAUUUUCAUCAGCAUAAAAGUGAACCUUGUUACGCUGUUAUAGAUAAAAGCCUUAACAAUUCUGGUGAUGAUGAAGUUGAAUCAGCAGUUAUCUCCGUCCAAGGGAAAUCUAUUGAAAGAAGACAAUCGGAUGAUGAAGAUUAUUCAACAGCUGAUCCUGGUUAUGAAGUUGUCAAUUUCCAUCAACAAACAAGUGAACCAUGUUAUGCAGUUAUAGAUAAAAGCGUCAAUAGUUCUGGAGAUGGUGAGAUUGGUUCUGCCUGUGAUGAUGAAGAUUAUUCAACAGCUGAUCCUGGUUAUGAGGUUGUCAAUUUUCAUCAGAAAAAGAGUGAGCCCUGUUAUGCAGUUAUAGAUAAAAAUGUCAACAAUUCAGGGGAUAGUGAAACUGGAUCAGCAAUUAUAUCCGUUCCUGGUAAACCAAUGGAAAGGAGACAAUCAGAUGAUGAAGACUACUUAAUAGCUGAUCCUGGUUACGAAGUAAUUAAUUCUCAGAAAAGUGAGCCCUGUUAUGCAGUUAUUGAUAAGAACAUCAAUCGACCAGAAGUUAAUAGACCUUCGAAGUCACCGGUCACUUCACCUGUACAUAUUGUUAAAGUAACUCGACAGUCGACUGAUGAUGAUGAAGAUUCAAUCGCUGACCCUGGUUACGAAGUGAUCAACGCCCAUCAACAAAAAAGUGAACCUUGUUAUGCUGUUAUUGAUAAAAAUCCUAAUACAAGUUCAAGUGCAAAUCAAACCUCAAUUACAACUACUAGACCUUUAAAUUCAUCGAAUGUCUCUACUGUACAUAGAAUUAAAGUUACGCGACAAUCGACGGAAGAUGAUUAUGAUGAUGAUGCAUUUGCUGAUCCAGGCUAUGAAGUAAUCAAUUCUCAUCAAUCUAAAGGUGAACCAUGUUAUGCGGUCAUCGAUAAAAUUACAAACAGUUCUGGUCCAAAUUCAAUUGGUGGACCUUCAAAAUCAUCAUCGAUUUCUCCAAAUGUACAGAUAGAAAAGUUAAUAAGACAAUCGACCGAUGAUGAUGACGAUUUAUUUGCUGAUCCCGGUUAUGAAGUAAUCAACAAUCACCAUAAGAAAAGUGAACCUUGUUGAUUGUUAUUUCAAACAAAAACAUUAUAAAUUGUCAACUGUUCUGUAUUUUUGGUUUUGCAUCGAGCUUUAAUCAUCAAUAACAACGUUUCGGAUACAAUAUGUUGUGAUCAUGAGGCCAACUUUAAAUCAUAACCGAACUUUUUUGUAUAAUUAUCUUUUACACAUCAUUUUUUUCUAAAUCCAAUCUAACGGAUUAAUGUUUGCUAUCAAAAAUGAUUAUUCAUGCAUAUAAAUUGUAUCAUUCAUCUUUUUUUUGUCACAA